AUGCUGAACACGCAUCCAUACGUCAGCAGCCGCCGAUUCUAUGGCAAUGGCUCUUCCUUCGUCUUCAGUUGGGUCAAUGUACAUCACUCGGAGAGGAUUAGGAAGGUAGAAAACCAGAGUUCUAGCGGAGCGGUGCUUAAGGUGCCAGAAAAUGAGCUCAAUCGGACCUCAGUGCAAUCAGCCUAUGCCGAGGAUUAUGAAGGUGUAGAGGCCGAAAGUGGUGAUGUCACGUCAGCUUACAACGACACCUUCUCCCUUCCAGGCCUGACA